AUGAAGCGUAGUUCAUUGAAUCGUCUUUUUCAAGAAUGCUCAACUACUGAUACAUUUGUCAAAUGUUCAACAAGUAUCUGGCUCAAUGCAAAUGGUACUUUGCAUGUAGCCUUUGAUGGUGAUUCGUCGGAGCAAGCAAUUAAUGAGAGCAUAGUCGCGGACGAACCUGGUCUAUUUUUCUAUCAUCAUACACAAGUCACAUUCUAUGCAAAUGCUACAGAGAUACAUGUCUAUGUUCGAAAGUCAUGUUUCGAUCGAGACGAUUGUUCUCGAGAGUUUGCAAAACAAAUGGGUGAUCAAUUACUUGGCUAUCAAUAUGCGAUACUCAGUCAACAGUUACGACCUCUCAUUUAUGAUCCACAAGCUAGAAGCGAAUUCGAAUUUUCCACAAAAAAUCUAACAUGUCUGAUCGAUAAUAAUGCCACAAUUGGGCCUUGCAAUACUAGCUGUUAUUAUAUAUUAGGAUUUUCACAAGAACAACAUAGAUGCUGGCCAAGUACAUUGGUAGGUCUUCAUGUUUACACUGAAAAAGCUCUGCCAGCACCAAUCAAUACAACAAUUUCAUUUGACUACAGUUGUAAUACACGCACAGCAAUCUGCAAUGGUCCAGAGGUAAAUCGUAAUAUUACAGCGAUUGUCAAUGACUUUUUUCGGAAUCCACCUUAUACUCGCUCGAGUGGAAACUGUAAUACAUACCGAUUUACUUUUCCAAUGCUGGUCAUCAUCUUCUUUUCUUAUGGUUUGCGAAUGAUGUAAUCAUCCUCAAAUCGAAUGAUAUAUUUGAACUGUUAAGCAAAAUAAAUGGCAACCUAAUGUGUUCUCGUAAAGCUCUACUUCUGUUUUUCUAUGUUCUUUUCCAUUUCAAAUCGGUUCAUGGAAUAAAUCAAUAGGACAAUGUCUUAUGUCGGCUUGUCAAACAGAAAGAACAAGGAAAAUAAACCUUAUCUCUGAAAUUAUAAGCUAUUGUUCAAAACUAAAGUCACGUUCAUUGUAUAUUCUAGAUAAAUCAUCAUGAUAUCACCAUUAACAACUCUUUUGUAUUUGGUCAUGAUAUUCAAUUUCAUUUGGACAGUGAUCACACACAACGGUAAGUGUAAAGUCUAAAAUUGUAUCCUUAACCAAAUGAACAUUUCUAGAGUCGCCUUCACAUAAUUGGUCAAUAUUAAAUCAUCCAGUAGAGCCAAUUGUUGAAACGCCACUGCUAAGAGUGAGUCACCUAUAUCCGGGAGCAAAAGUGAUAGAUUUUGGAGGAAAUGCAAUCGGGUUGACUCCAGGUGAAGGUGAAGCAUUUGACUUUCGAAAAUAUCCAUAUCGCAUGAAACUAGGAGCAAAGCAGACCAAUGGUCAUAUGAUGAUUAUGGAAGGUACUCUAAUGCCAGGAGAAGGUAAUAAUCAUUAAAUAGAUUGAUUUAUGCUACUCUUCAUUUUAUAUAAAGGCACACAGUUACAUCUACAUCAAUUC